UGAGCGAUGUGGCUUCUGGAUGUACUCUGGAUUCUGGAUUGUUUUGUGAUAUAAGAACGUGUCACAUGUAACCGUUUCGUACACAAAAAAAUAGUACAAAAACCAAGUAUAAAUUGCGACAAAAUGGCUCAACUGAUGAGAAACGCUGCGUUAUUAUUAUUUACGGAAGAAUGUGCGGAAAAGUAUUUCAAAGAGUUCCAAUUUCUUCACGUUGGAUGCUUCAAGGCAACUGUGAGCAAAGUUUUAGGCAUCGGUAUUAUCGGAGGUUCUCUCUUUGUAAAAAUUCCACAAAUUGUGAAAAUUUUACAAAACAAAAGUGGCGAAGGAAUCAAUAUCUUUAGUGUAUUGUUAGAUUUAUUUGCCAUCACUGCAAUGAUAUCUUAUAGUUUUAUCAAUGGAUUUCCAUUUAGUGCUUGGGGAGAUGUGGUGUUUUUAGGGAUUCAAACUUUGGCCAUUGCAGUUUUAGUAAUGCAUUAUAAUGGAGAAACGGCAAAAGCAACAGCUCUGCUUUUUGCUUAUAUAGCAGUGGUUUUUGCAGCUAAUAGUGGGGCAACACCUGUCCAUAUUCUCUGGGCAUGUCAAGCGAUAAAUAUACCCAUUGUUCUCAUUAGCAAGCUUAUGCAAGCCUGGACAAAUUACUGUAAUGGAAGUACUGGCCAAUUAUCUGCGGCAACGAUUUUUAUGCUCUUCUUCGGUUCUUUAGCGAGAAUUUUUACUUCUAUCCAAGAAACAGGUGAUGCGACUAUAAUAACGAUGUAUGUAUGCUCCACGCUAGCAAAUGGUAUAAUAGUACUGCAACUUUUCCGUUAUUGGAAUAUAGAUGUAAAAAGUAAAGCGAAUGUUAAGAAAAAGCUGUAAGAAGGAAGAAACACAAAUCAUAUAUAUAUGAAUUUGAUAAUUGUACGUAUAAUUUUGCAUGAAUAACGUCUUACGAUAUCAUUGCGAUGGUUGAGUGAAUAUUUGGAAUCAGUUUCUAUAAGAAAAUUAUUCUUUUGAAGAAUAUUUGUUAAUGCGAUGAGAUUCGGAGAUAUAUAUUUGAAUUAUGAUUAUAUAAUUUCGCGCAAUUCUUGGAAAGAAGAAUAAUCAAGUAAGAAUUGAAUCCUUACUGAGGAGUGUUGGAUGAAAAUAUAAGAUACAAGUAUAUGUGUGUAGAGAUAAGACUGGGUUAUUGUCGAAUAUGUUGUCUGAACAUACCUGUUAAAUAUUUCCAAUGUGUGAAGCAACAUAUCUCUUGUUAUUUUAAAUAAAUUGUAAGCAAUUUGAAUAUAUUUGAUAUGUUACAUUUUACAUGUACAUUGAGUAAAUUAACUUUUUCGUUACAUA